AUGGCCAAAGCCGCGUCCAUCAUUCCCUUGAUCGUCCUCAUCCUUUUCGUUGGAUUUAUCGCCGCAGUAGGUUUUGUCGCAUACUCGAUUGCGCACGACGUUGGUCACAAGACAAGGCAAAAGCUGGAGCGCAAGAAUGUUUCUUUUAGUCGAGAUGGCAUGAAGGUCGGCGUAAAGGAGGUAUCAGUUGAACAGCAAGAAGACAAGACACAGAGUGUACUCAUGAAAGUGUGGAAUUCCGCAUCUUGGUCGUCCUAUGACCCCAAGGUGGUCUGGUCGAAGGGGUCAUCUGCCGCGGCGAGCACUCCUCCGGCUGCUGACAGACGCAAUCCGUAA